AUGGCACCAGCAGUGGAAUCCUCCAACACGAAAUCCCAGAAUGACAGUCGAAAGACGAACAAAGAGAAACCAGUGCAUGACAUCCACAAGGGAGAGCAUCAUGAAUCAGGCUCAGGCACCCCCCAACAGAUCUCUAAUCCCCCUGUGGUCGUCAGACCAGAUGAGUUCGAUUACUUGCACGCCGCUCCUGGCGCUUUUAAGUGCGCUUUAUGUCGACAGUGGCAUACGAAGCGAUGUCCGUGGUUGAUCAACUAUUAA